GGUUAGUUAUUCCAGAGAUUUUCUUUCUGAUAAUAAAUGUCAGGUUUGACUAAAAACCUCUCUGACAAUAUACUCCACUCCGUGUUUUCGCGCCAGCUCUGUGGAUCUGAGCACAUAGCGGUCUCCUCUCCAGUCCUCAGCUUUUCGACUUUCUACAGUAAUGUAUCCUCCCCGACGUCGCUUUCUUAGUGAAGUUGAGUGAACACGUUGAGGAGCCCGCUCUCUGUUGGAUCCAUGUGGCUUUGUGGCUUUACCUGGACUCACUACACACAUUCUCUUUUCUGCCGCAACGCGGGACUCUCAACCACCGUUGGUGGCAAAAUAAACAGACGUUGAUUGAGAAGUGUUGAUGCACAGUUGUAGAAAAGUGUCAACCACUAAACGUUGAGUUGUUAGAGGCUACCUGCGUAUGCACUGCAGUGGAGUUCCUCUCUAAACUGGAAUCAGCAGAGGAUAAAAUAAGGAUUAAUCACAGAAGUGCACGAUGCUGAGAUACCAGACGGUCCUUUGGACUUUCUCAUUGCUGUCUGUUGCAGCUGGAUCCGAUUUUAAAGCACGUAACUGCAGUGGGGUUAAAGAAGCUGCUAUUGCAAAAGGCUUCAGCUUUGAAAAUGUUCCUCUCCAACAAAUGUCAGGUGACCAUCUCCGGGUAUGUCCCCAGGGCAAUACCUGUUGCAGUUCAGAAAUGGAGGACAAGUUUGGUCAACAAAGCAAGCUGGAGUUAGAGAACCUGGUUGAUGAAACUAGUAAAGAAUUGCGAAGCACCUUCGUCUCCAGACAUAAAAAGUUUGAUGAGUUCUUCCUGGAGCUGCUGGAGAACACGGAGAAGUCCCUGAACGAGAUGUUCGUGCGGACCUAUGGCAAGCCUUACAUGCAGAACUCAGAAGUCUUCCAGAACCUGUUUGCCGAGCUGAAGCGCUACUACACUGGGGGCAACGUGAACCUGGAGGAGAUGCUCAACGACUUCUGGUCGCGGUUGCUGGAGCGCAUGUUCACGUUGCUCAACUCCCAGUACGUCAUCACAGAUGACUAUCUGGAGUGCAUCAGCAAGUACACAGACCAGCUCAAACCCUUUGGAGACGUGCCCAGGAAGCUCAAGGCUCAGGUUACAAGGGCCUUCAUUGCAGCCCGCACAUUCGUCCAGGGGCUCUCGGUUGGUCGAGAGGUGGCCAACAGGGUGUCCAAGGUGAGCAGCACCCCAGCGUGUAUCCGAGCACUGACCAAGAUGAUGUACUGCCCAUACUGCCAAGCCAUGCCCUCCGUGAAGCCCUGUAACAACUAUUGUCUGAACGUCAUGAAGGGCUGUCUCGCCAACCAGGCCGAUCUGGACCCAGAGUGGAACCAGUACAUCGAUGCCAUGUUGCUGGUGGCACAGAGGCUGGAGGGACCCUUCAACAUCGAGUCUGUCAUGGAACCCAUUGAUGUCAAGAUUUCGGAGGCCAUCAUGAAUAUGCAAGAUAACAGUGUCCAAGUCUCCUACAGGAUUUUUCAAGGCUGCGGCCAACCAAAGCCCUCAGGAAUGGGCGGCAGGUCUACCCGGGGCGUCUCGGAUGUUUUCAACGCCCGCUUCAGGCCCUACAGCCCAGAGGAGCGGCCCACCACUGCAGCUGGCACCAGCCUGGACAGACUGGUGAUUGACAUCAAGGAGAAACUGAAGCUGUUCAAGAAGUUGUGGUCCAACCUGCCUGAGGACAUCUGCCAGCCACACAGGGUGACAGCAGGGAAUGCCACCGAUGACGACCAGUGUUGGAAUGGGCACACCAAGGGCAGGUAUUUCCCAGAGGUUAUGAAAGACGGAUUGACCAAUCAGGUGAAUAACCCGGAGGUGGGCGUGGACAUCACCAGGCCUGACACGUUCAUUCGCCAGCAGAUCAUGGCUCUGAGAGUGAUGACAAACAAGUUAAAAAAUGCCUACAAUGGCAAUGAUAUCUACUUUCAAGACUCAAGUGAUGAGGGCAGUGGCUCAGGCAGUGGCAGCGGCUGCACGGAGGCCUGCGUCACUGAGUUUGACUUUGCCAGCACCGAGGCACCGGUGGUGGGAGCAGACCGGAGCGGGAGCGGCCCGGUGGAGGAUUCAGCAGUAGCCACACACCCUGCCCCCUCAGCAGCCCUGCUGGCCAGCCUGGCCCUCUCAGUCCUGGCACUGCACAGGCUAUGGAGAUAAUGCUGGGGGAACUCACCCAACGUGGACAGAAGGAUCUCUCUCUACGGUGUGUUUUUCUACUCAAGCAGACUGGAGCUACAGUCAAGCAGACAGUAUUCAGGCAGCCUUGGCCUCUCGGAUAGGUAGAGGGGUCUUCUCUGCUCUGGAGACAGCAGUCAUGCAUCCUGGAUCCCCCUUCCUCCUCCUAAAGUCUCUGGUCAUUGGUGCCAUCCUUAGGCAGGACUUCACAUGACUCCCGUCACUCCAAAAUAGAAACAGUUGAUCCACCGUCAAACAUUGCUCAAGAAGCCCAAAGGAAUUACUUUUUUCUGGCAUAAGGCAGAUGUUAUUAGGUCUCCAUGAGAAAAAGUAAUUGCACUUUUGGUCUAUUUUUUUUAUGCUAUAGAAGAUGAUUAUGUUGUACCACUGUGAGAUUGUGGAGAGGGUGCACCAAGAGGUGAUCAGAAGAUAGAACUAGAACAUGUCUACUAUGGUGUAAGGUGAUCUCAGCUGGCAGGUAUUUUACUUGUUCACAGGUCAGCAGUGCAUUUCUUCAUUCAUAAAACAAACCCGAAUUCCCCAAAAUCACAGAAAAAUACCAUAGAUACAGUAUGGCUUUCACGUUAAUUGUUGAUUUCGUCCUUGGUUCUUCUGCUUUAAAUAUUAUUGAAUAUUUUUCUACAUUGACAGAAAUACAUACAUAUGAAACAUGUUUAAUGUUAAUCAGGUAAAGUAAAAUAUUGUACAACUCAAACACUAUAUAUACAAAAGUAUGUGGACAUCCCUUGAAAUUAGUGGAUUUGGCUGUUUCAGCCACAUCUGUCGCUGACAGGUGUAUAAAAUCGAGCACACG